AUGGCGAACAUCAAAAAGUCCACCGUCACCGUCACCGCCGAGCCCAAGGAUCACUUGACAGCCAUUCCGACUGAAGUCCAACAUCUUAUUAUCGGCAAUUUGCUCGCAACUCAUGAGCCCAACAAAGCAUUCGAAUGCAUCGGGAAUCUUGCAACGUCCAAGAAGACUCCAGCAUCCCAUCCAUUCGACUCGCUGGCGGCAACCUGCAAGACCUUCCGCGGCGAAGUGAACCAAUGGUGUCUCCUCUUCCUCACGAACCACAGCACCAUCACCAACUGCAAGCCGCUCAAGAACAGCAAGAACCAAGCCGAGCGCAACUUCAUCCGCGGCCGUGGCGGUCUGCUCACCUGGUGCGAGAAGCACUGCGUCUUCUGCGGCAAGAAGAGUGCCCGCUCCGCCAUCCUCAUGAACGGCCUCCAUUGCUGCACCGACUGCGACAAGGAGCACUGGCCGGACAAGAUCACCAAGACCCAAGCGAAGAAGGAGUACGAUCUACGCGACGACCAUCUUCAUCCUCCUCUCGCUCACCACUCCGGACCCUCACUGGCCAAGCUGCUCACCACGUCACCUGCGAUGGCCAAGCUGUACAAGAAGUUCGGCAGCCUCUCCAAGCUCCGCUAUGGGACGUACAUGGCCCACAACGUGCCGACCACCAUGUUCCUCCGCAAAGACGUUCUGGCUCAAGCGCAGCGCGUGCACGGAGAUGUGGAAGCUCACCUCGCAGCGAAGGAAGCGAAGAAGCAAGCCAAGCGGGACGAAAAGGCGCGCAAGGCCCGGGAAGCUGCGGUGGCGCUGGACAUCAUUCAGCAGCAGCAAGCCGCUGCCGCUCUGCAAGCUUACGCCGCCGCUAUCGUCCCUCUCUCGCAGGUCGUUCAGCAGCCGUGGGAUCAGUCGCAGAGCGAGUUCGACAAAUUUUUGAGCCAGCACGCUCUCGACAAGAUUGCUAACCCGGACGACGACGUCAUCAGGGUGGGGGAUACCGGUGUGAAGGAGCGUGGUUGCAGCAUCAUCGCGAAGCAGCCGUCGACACCCCUCACCUCCCUCGACCCUCUACCGCCUUUCCCCCAUUACCCUGGCAAGAUAGCCAAACUGGGUACCAAACGCCGUCAUUCCGGCGAGGAGCCAGUGGGCAACGGAUACCCUGCACACCCCAAGAAAGUCAUGACCGACAUCAACGGCAACAUGGAGGUCGACGAAGCCCACCCGCAAAGCGAGCUGGCCAAGCUGAAAGAGGCGACCAACGGCGAGAUCGACGAGAGCCUCUACAGUCGCCAGCUGUACGUGCUCGGGCACGAGGCCAUGAAAAGGAUGGGCGCUUCCCACAUCCUUGUCGUCGGUUUGCGAGGCCUGGGCGUGGAGAUUGCAAAGAACAUUGCCCUCGCGGGUGUCAAGAGUCUUACGCUGUUUGAUCCCAAGCCCGCCGCCAUCCAAGAUCUCUCUGCGCAGUUCUUCCUGCAUCCUGAAGACGUCGGCAAGCCUCGUGCUGCUGUCACCGCUCCGCGCGUCUCCGAGCUCAACCCCUACACCCCCGUCGGUGUACACGAGAGCGACAGUCUCACCGCCGAUCUCGCCCAACUCCGCCGUUAUCAAGUCGUCGUCCUCACCGACACCACCCUCAAAGACCAGCUCACCAUCGCCGACUACUGUCACCAGAACGGCAUCUUUGUCGUCAUCGCCGACACCUUCGGCCUCUUCGGCUCCAUCUUCACCGACUUUGGCAAGAACUUCACCGUCGGUGAUGCGACUGGCGAGAAUCCUCUGAGCGGUAUCGUGGCGGGAGUGGACCAAGAUGGACUGGUGUCUGCUCUAGACGAAACAAGGCACGGCCUGGAAGAUGGGGACUUCAUUACAUUCACAGAAGUGGAGGGCAUGGAGGGCCUCAACGACGGCGUGCCCCGCAAGAUCACCGUCAAGGGCCCAUACACCUUCUCCAUCGGCGAUGUGUCAGGCCUGGGCGUGUACAAGCGAGGUGGGCUCUACACCCAAGUCAAAAUGCCCAAGUUCCUCGAUUUUGAGCCUUUGAGCCAACAGCUGAAGAAGCCGGAGUACGUUGUUUCCGACUUUGCCAAAUUCGAUCGCCCCGCGCAGCUCCACGCUGGCUUCCAAGCGUUGCAUGCGUUUGUCGAGAAGCGUGGAGAUCUCCCCCGACCGCACAACGACUCCGAUGCCGCUGAGGUGCUGAAGCUGGCGCAAGAGGUGGCCAAGGCUUCCGGGGAGGACGUGGAGCUGGAUGAGAAGCUCAUCAAAGAACUCUCCUAUCAAGCUCGUGGAGAUCUCUGCCCCAUGGCCGCAUUUUUCGGUGGUCUGGCCGCGCAAGAAGUCCUCAAAUCCGUGUCGGGCAAAUUCCAUCCCAUCAAGCAGUGGCUCUACUUCGACUCCCUCGAAUCGCUCCCCACUUCCUCAACUCGCAGUGAAGAGCAAUGCAAGCCUCUGGGUACAAGGUACGACGGACAGAUUGCCGUCUUUGGGAAAGAGUACCAAGACAAGCUGGCCAACUACAAGGAGUUCCUUGUGGGAGCCGGAGCCAUUGGGUGCGAGAUGAUCAAAAACUGGGCCAUGAUUGGUCUGGCGACUGGACCCAAGGGUAGAAUCACCCUCACCGACAUGGAUCAGAUCGAGAGGAGCAAUCUCAACCGACAGUUCUUGUUCCGACCCAAAGACGUCGGCAAACUCAAGAGCGAAUGCGCGGCGCUCGCCGCACAGGCCAUGAACCCGGAUCUGAAGGGGCACAUCGACAUGCUGAAAGACCGGGUAUCUCAAGAGACGGAGCACGUCUUCAACGAGACCUUCUGGGAGGGCUUGGACGCUGUGACUAAUGCUCUCGACAAUGUGGAUGCUCGGACAUACGUUGAUCGGCGCUGCGUGUUCUUCCACAAGCCACUGCUAGACAGCGGAACUCUCGGGACAAAGGGCAACACUCAGGUGGUGCUGCCUCGCCAGACCGAGUCCUACUCCAGCUCCGUCGACCCACCCGAGCAGUCCUUCCCCAUGUGCACCCUUCGAUCAUUCCCCAAUCGCAUUGAACACACCAUCGCCUGGGCGAAAGAUCUCUUCCAUACCUACUUCGCCGGGCCUGCCGAGAUUGUCAAUUCAUAUCUGGAGAAGGAGAACUACCUCGCAAGUCAACAGCGGCAAUCUGGCAACGAGAAGCAGACCUUGGAGACCCUGCGAGACUACCUGGUCACCGAGUGGCCCAAGGACUUUGACACUUGUAUCGAAUGGGGUCGCAUGCAGUUUGAGAAGCACUACAACAACGCCAUCCAGCAGCUGCUCUACAACUUCCCCAAAGACUCCAAGACGUCUUCCGGUCAGCCUUUCUGGUCAGGCCCGAAGCGCGCGCCGGAUGCACUCCGCUUUGAUCCCAACAAUCCCACCCACUACAGUUUCGUUCUGGCGGCUGCCAACCUUCACGCGUUCAACUACAGCAUUCAGCCAAUCAAUGACCGCAAGCACGUCAUUUCCGUCCUCGACCGCAUGAACGUGCCCGAGUUCCGCCCCGACCCUGGCGUCAAGAUCCAAGCGGAUGACAAGGAGCCCGAUCCCAACGCCAACGGCGUCCAAGAUGACGAGGAAGAUCUGAAGAACAUCACCAAGUCCCUGCCCCGUCCAGACAGCCUGGUUGGGUUUAGACUGGAGCCUGUGGAGUUCGAGAAGGAUGACGACACCAACUUCCACAUCGACUUCAUCACUGCGGCUUCCAACCUGCGCGCCGAGAACUACAAGAUCCAAACGGCUGAUCGACACAAGACCAAGUUUAUCGCCGGCAAGAUCAUCCCCGCCAUCGCCACCACCACCGCCCUCGUGACGGGUCUGGUCGUGCUGGAGCUGUACAAGAUCAUCGACGGUAAGACAGACAUCGAGCAGUACAAGAACGGCUUCGUCAAUCUCGCCCUCCCCUUCUUCGGCUUCAGCGAGCCCAUCGUCAGCCCGAAAGCGACGUACAAAGGCGGCAACGGCAAAGAGCUCACGAUCGACAAGCUGUGGGAUCGCUUUGAGACGGACGACGUCACGCUCAAGGAAUUCCUCGCCGAUUUCGAGGAGAAGCAUGGCUUCAAGAUUACCAUGAUUAGCUCCGGGGUGACGCUGUUGUACGCGAGUUUCUACCCGGCGAGCAGGACGAAGGAUCGUCUGCCUAUGAAGUUGUCCACGCUCGUUGAGACGAUUAGCACGAAGCCCAUUCCCGACCACCAGAAGAACGUCAUUCUCGACAUUGCCGUUGAGCAUCCCGACGAAGACGCCGCUGAUGAUGAGGACAUUGAUCUGCCUUACGUCAUGCUCAAGCUGAACAAGUAG